AUGGCACCGCGGCGUCACGCCAACGGCGGCCACGGCGGCGGCGGGGGCGGCGGCCUCCUGGAGAACGGGGGCGGCGGUGGUGGCGGCGGUGGUGGCGGCGGCGGUGGUGGUGUUGGCGGCAUUGGCACCAACGAUCCCAUGGACAACCUGCUGGGUCCGAGCCAGACGACGCGUUGCUGCACGCCGACCGGCGAGUGCCUACGCGGCGACGCUCUAAUCCGCUUCAACGCCCUGCACGACGCGGUCAAGGUCACCUGCAACAACGACAACUGCCCGGUCGGCCAGUUCAUGCACCGCGAGUGCUUCGACGCUUGGGAGCAGACGGUACUCACGUACCUGAAGAGCUGCGGCCGCGCACGCAGCUGGUCCGAGCGUCAGCGUCAUCAGAAUCUCUGGACGAAGAAGGGCUACGAUCUCGCGUUCAAGGCGUGCGGCUGCCGCUGCGGCCGCGGCCACCUGAAGAAGGACCUCGACUGGAUGCCGCCCGGUCUCGGUAACGUGCCCGGCAACCGCCCCGACGAGAACGAGGCGAAGAAGAAGAAGCGGCGCAAUCGUCAGAACACCCGGCCGAGCCUGGCCGUGUCGGCCGGCCCGCCCAAUCACGGUAACCAUGUCGCCGCGAACGGACGCGGUGCCAGCGAGGCGCAGAUGAUCGAGUCGGGUCGCGGCAGAGCCGGCUCCUUGUCAUCCAGCACCGGUUCCAGCUCACCGCCGGCCACCAGCGAGCCCAGCGUCAGCCCUCUUCACCAGCCGCAGGCCAUCAUGAAAAAGAAGAGCAAGGUCGACUUCUUUAGCGAUCGCGCGAGACAAAGCUGCGGCGCCAACGGUAUCUUCUCGCGUCGUCUGGAUUUCAGCGCUUUCAACAGUCUGCCCCGCACCAAACUUAACUCGUAUCAUAUUAAGAUGGAAGACGAGGGCAACCACGGCAACGAUGACACCAGAUGCUUCAUCCUAUCGACAUUGGCCGCUCUGCAGUGGUCUCGAGUUACGUGCGUCCUUUGCCGCGCUGCCAUGCUGGUUUUCGACAGGUAUCCGUUGGUGGACGGCACGUUCUUCUUGUCACCCAGGCAGCACUCGCCCGCUUGCGCUGAGGUGAAGGUCGAAGGUCGCACGCAAUUUUUAUCAGCCGUGUGCAUGAGUUGUUUGGAGGGCAGCGGCGGCCAGCCCGUACGCUGCCGUUUCUGCACCCAACCGUGGGAUGGCUCGAGCUUGGUCCUCGGUACCAUGUACAGCUACGAUAUCUUCGCUGCAAUGCCCUGCUGCAGCGAACGACUCAAGUGCAACAGCUGCCAGAAGCCCCUGAUCUACCCUCAUCAGCGGCUGAACUUCUACUCGGACUACAGCCGCGUCUUUGGCUGCCCGCACUGCAGGGCGGUCGAUGCGCAUUUUAUAAAGCCGCUCUCGGCCUGCUUCACCCGCGAGCAGUUUCAGCUCUACAGCCAGUGGCCGUAACCAUUAGAGAACUUAGCGAACCGCCGCCGUACGCGCACGACCGCGGCCGACUUGUAUCCUCUCUUUUACAAGUCGAUCUCUCUGUUCCGGACGACCGUGCUCUAGAAUCCUCCCCUCGCGACAUGUGUAGAAGACUUUUGACGAUGGCGAACGCGCACGGGGGCCCCGCGAUCUCUUUUUUUUCUCCUUGGCGCGUGUUGUCGACCGGAUCCACCGAUGUAUUAAUUCCUAUUAACUCGCCAGACGCUUUUAUUUCGGUCGACGCAGCUGAUGUUAUUUCUUCGCAAUUCCUUAGGAAUCGUAUCUUUUUUUUAACAGUCUAACUCUCUAAAUCUGUGAAUCGAUGGAAAAGUCGCUAAUUGAGUCAGAUUCAGUGAUUAUAACCUAACGCCUUGCAUUGCUAAUAAAUAAGUGAAACAUGUUUCACUUAUGCAGAGCCGAAUCCGCUGUGCAAUUAGCGAGAACAGCGAGAAAUCCAUUAAUUUGUCAACGAUUAUAGUGAUUAUUCACUUAUUUAUUAGUGAUUUUCGAGAGUCAAUGAAGUUCAGUGGCCGAUCGUGGCGCGAAGAGCUGCGCGUCAGCCUUCUGUGCCAGACUCAAGUUCAAAUCCACCCAGAACGAUAUAAAACUCGGUUUUAUUCGAUUUGGAAACGAUCUCUCGGAAGGCAAAUUAAGGCAAAUCACCGAGUAACUCUGCCCAGGGAAAUUUUAAUAGGCCGUUAAAAACCGCCAUUAAAACUGUAGGUCCUAUAUAUCUACGGACAUAUAUAAAAGAGAUCGCUUAUAAGCGUAGAAGAAUGAAAUUAAAUUUCACUGAUUACCGGUGACAUGCGACUGAUGCAUUCAAUGAAUAACCCAUUGAUAAUCAAUGACUAUCCACUGAUUCAAAUUUAGAGAGUACCGAUAUGACGAUAUGCGAGUGCCCCUAGGCGCAUUCCCGUAGUACUAAAUAAAAAAAAUUAAGAUGUUUCUUUUUAACGUCAAUUGUAGAUUUGUUUUGUCUAGAUUGAUCUUAAGCGGGAGACGUCGAAUUUUUUGACGUUUCGUUUCGACGAUGCGCGAGGUGAGCAAAAUUAGCGUGCUUUAUUUUUUCCUCCCCCCUUAUAACGUUGCUCUUUAAGUUUUUUAAGGCAUUUAUCGUGCGAUUUGCUGAAAUAAACGGCAAUUAAUUUUUUUAUUAGUACAUACAUUAUGUUUUGACGAUUGUCAUUACAGACGUGUUUCUCUGAUAUAUAGGUGAGUUUUAACUAGUGAAAUUUUUUGUUAGAGGAA